GAACUUUCAGUAUUUCACAUCUGUAGCUUCUCAGAAUGUUUCAUAGGCGAGUUACGUCAGUCUUAAAUCUUCGUGGGAAUGCGAUAUUAUCCACUGUGAAGGAGCUGGGCAAUGUUGGUCCAUUGUAUUCAACUGUAUCAGCCAUGGAAGCUCUACCAAGAAAGCUGAAAAAGGCUGAAAAAAAACCAUGGGUGACGAGUGUUAAUGAGCUUAAGCGGAGAGCAAGAUAUGACAAGCAAGAGAGAAGGGUGGUACGUGAAGUUGCACUGCAGCCACCGGAAAAUGGGCUAUUAGUUGAAAAGCUAAUCCCUGUUGCUCAUCAUGUGUUAGCUUCAAGAGCUCAGUUGUUAGCUUGUGUUUCAAGGAUUUCGGAGGAAAUUCCUAUUUAUUUUUGCAGCUUAUGUACCGAAGUUCAUGUUGGUCAUCCACCACAUAAGAUCAGAACUUGCAAUGUUAGCGGCAGUCAGAAGAACAAAGAGCAUACAUGGCAAAGAGGGGGCGUAGAUCAUGUAUUACCUGUUGUACAAUCUUUUCAUCUCUAUGACAGGUUAGGAAGAGCUGUUUCACAUAAUGAGCGACUUGAAGUUGAUCGAAUCCCAGCCCUUGUAGAAUUAUGCAUUCAGGCUGGUGUGGACUUACCUGAGUACCCAACCCAAAGAAGGAAGUUCCCCAUUUACCGGGUUGCUGGAAAACUCAUAGAUUUUGAGAAGAGGUUUCCCAAGGAUGAUUUGUUCGGGAAGGACAUAGAAACUUUUAGGUCUAAGGAAACUAUUAAGAAGCCCAUCGGAGAUAGAAAUUAUUUGAAUUUACCCUAUGAUGACAUAAAAGGAUUCGCCAUGCGAGGAAUGGAAGCUUGGGAGAUUAUGCGUACUGGAGCUAUACAGCUCAUGAAAACGUAUGGCGUUCAAACAUGUGGAUAUUGUCCUGAGUUGCAAGUCGGGCCAAAGGGUCAUAGGGUUAGGCAAUGUCAAGCCUUCAAGCACCAGAUGAGGGAUGGACAGCAUGCUUGGCAAGAGGCAACAAUAGAUGAUCUUCUCUCCACUGUAUAUGUUUGGCAUGUCCAAAACCCGCAUGCUGGUGACGUUUUGGUAGAUUCUAUGAAGAGGUAUUACGGAAAGUUACCUGCAGUCGUGGAACUGUUUAGUCAAGUUGGAGCACAGGUCGGAGAUGAUUACUAUCACAUGAUGAGAGAUGAUGUUGUAGUUCCUGGACUAGAUGAAGAAAAAUUAGUUGUAUAAAGCUCUGAAAUGCUGCCAACAUAUUGGCAGAGUAGAAUCAACAUUAGACCGGGGACGUUGUUUCCUUGGUUUGAUUUCUGCUAGUGAGGAUUACCCAAGACUAUAUCGUUGCCAGAGCUCGUUUGUUGUUAGGGUAAUCUACGCAGAUUCUGGCAGUUGAAACUUCAACUUCAUGUUGAGAUAUAUCCAACUUUUCUUGCCUUUAAAAUUAGGACAAUGUAUAGAAGGUACUAUUAUUAGGAAAAGUAAACAAUAGUUUCACAUCAACCUUU